AUGUUAGCAAAUGAAACUAUGAUAGUAGAAGAGGUAAGUGAAAUUGAUGAAGAGGUAAAUGACGAUGAAGAGGUGAAUAAGGUCAAUGAAGAGAUUAGAUAUUGCUGCAAAAAAUGUUGUAGUAAAAAUCCUAAUGGGUGUAUGGUCGAUAUGAAAACAAAAAAGCAAUAUGAAAGAGAAAAAGCACAUUUCCAAAAUAAGUUUGCUAAAAGAAUAAAAACAAAUAAUAAUCAAACUAGAUAUGCUAAAAGCUCAGUACAAUCAAAAGAUAAUGAACAAAAUAAACUUAGUUUGAAUAAUACGUCAAUGUUUUCAAACAAUUCAGAAUUUUAUAAAGAAACUGAAGAUUUAGAAAGUAUUUUAGUUAAUCCAUUUCAAGCUCCUAAUGUUGAUUUUGAUAAACCUAUCCAUAUUCCUGAGCCCAAUAUAAAUUUUGAUGAUUUAUUGUAG